GGAUGUUAUAAAUGGGUACCAUUGAACAGAUGCCGUCGUCAUGGAACGAGUAUAUAUCGCUCGUACUGACGGACAGUGGCUUCGUGACGAAUAGCGCCAUCUACGGCACGGAGGGGCGGAAGUGGGCCUCAACUCCCGGAUAUGGCGUUACCAGUGACGAAAUAAAAACUCUUGUGUUUGGAUUCAUCGAUCCAUCAAAACUAUGGAAGGACGGUGUUCGGGUCGGAGGACGGGCGUUCACAUGCACACGUGCGGAGAGCGGUCUGAUCGUGGGCCGAGAAAGCACGGAGGGCGCGGGAUGUGUCGUUUUCCGGUGUAAUAAGUGUCUAGUGAUAGCUACGCACGAGGAAGGUGCACACCCAGGCGGCUGUUAUAAUGUGGUGACUAAACUAGGGGAAUAUUUAAAGGAGCAAGGUAUAUAGCGUAUAAAGUUGAAUUAUGAUUUAUGCUAUAGGUUGUUUGGUGUACAGCAAGGGCAGGUGCCGUGUGUGAUACUGAUUGUUAUAAUAAUACACGUACAUAUAUAUUAAGUUUUGUAAUACAGAUACAAUUAGCUUGUGUUCACGAAAUUGAAUAAGGGCAAUUAUGUUAAGUGUGAUUAUGCCUUGUUCAUGAAUUGUUGUUUAUAUAACGUUCGCUUUGUUGGUUAAAUUAUGCUUCCAUUAAAGAGAG